UCCUGCGGCCGGAACAAAGUUCCCGGACUAGAGGUGUGGCGAGCUAAGCGGCCCGAGGACCCCAGAGGCAGCACAGGAGGCAGGCUCUCCCCCUUUAUCUGUGAGUCAUGGCAGCUCCCAUGAAGGGCCAAGUGUGUGUAGUGACUGGUGCCUCCAGAGGUAUUGGCCGUGGCAUCGCCUUGCAGCUCUGCCGAGCAGGUGCCACAGUUUACAUCACUGGCCGCCAUCUGGACACCCUUCAGGACACUGCUAAGGAGGCACAAUCUCUUGGAGGCCGAUGUGUGCCCGUGGUGUGUGAUUCAAGCCAGGAGAGUCAAGUACAAAGGCUGUUUGAGCAAGUGGAUCGGGAACAGCAUGGGCGCCUGGAUGUGUUGGUCAACAAUGCUUAUGCUGGGGUCCAGGCGAUCCUGAACAACAAGGAAAAGGCAUUCUGGGAAGUCCCCGCCUCCAUAUGGGAUGAUAUGAACAAUGUUGGACUCAGAGGCCACUACUUGUGUUCAGUGUAUGGGGCACGGCUGAUGGUACCAGCUGGCCGGGGGCUCAUCGUGGUUAUCUCCUCCACUGGGGGCCUACAGUAUAUGUUCAACGUCCCCUAUGGCGUGGGCAAAGCUGCGUGCGACAGGCUGGCUGCUGACUGUGCCCAUGAGCUACGGUGCCACGGAGUCAGCUAUGUGUCUCUGUGGCCAGGGUUAGUGCAGACAGAACUGCUGAAGGAGCAUAUGACCAAGGAGGAGGCCGAAAAGGAUCCCCUGUAUAAGCAGUUUAAACCACUUUUCUCAUCUGCGGAAACCACAGAAAUGAGUGGCAAAUGUGUGGUGGCUCUGGCAACAGACCCCAAUAUCCUGAGCCUGAGUGGUAAGGUGCUGCCAUCCUGUGACCUCGCUCGACGCUAUGACCUUUGCGAUGUGGAUGGCCGCCCAGUUCAAGACUAUUUGUCUGCGAGCUCCGUUCUCUCACAUGUCCCCAGCAUGAGCUGGCUGGCCUCCUACUUGCCCGGCUUCCUCCGCAUGCCCAAGUGGAUUAUUUCCCUCUAUGCCAGCAAGUUCUGACCUCCCAGCCUGACGUUACAACUCUGCUUCUCUUCUCAUUGGGCUGGGGUGAUUGGGCCUAUCUUGUGGAAUAAAGCAGCAUUUCUCACCCACCCAUACCCUUGAUAUGAAGAGAAGGCCUCUACUGAGUGUCCAUGGUGAGUUCUGGGGGCCCUCAUAGGUCCUUCUUGUGCCUUUGUUUCCCUUGUCCCUACAUUUUACUUUUUGCUUCAGUAUUGGAAAAUGAUCUGGAGGCAAAUAAAUGGCUUUCUCCUUCAA